UCAUCUCGAUUCGGUUUGUAGUCGACGAGUGAGUGGUUUCCAGUUGGUGUGAGGAAUAGUGUUUAGCUGCGAGAAAAUGAACGGUCGGAUCUGUUUGGCCGCAGUGCUACUGCUCGUGGCGGCAGUGGCCAAUGGCUUUCCAACCAAACGCAAUCCGGAUUUCGAUUGUACUGUAGAUGGACAUCAGGGCGUUUAUUUGCCUCAUCCGGAGUCAUGCACUAAGUACAAGGUCUGCUUCAAUGGAGGAUUGGUUGACGGUAGCUGUCCCGAUGGAUUGUACUUCGAUGAAUCAACUCAAGGAUGUGAUCUGCCGGAGCGAGUGCAAUGCCAACUUGAAUCCGAUGAUGAUGAAGAGGAGGAAGUAACACCACCAGAGGUAGAGGAGGAGGUAGUGCCAGAAGAGGAAGAUGAAUCUGAACCUGAGGAGGAAGAACAGACCCCCGAAGAAGAAGAAGAAUCUGUCCCUGAAGAAGAUGAGCCAGAGCAGGAUGAUGAAGACGAUGAUGAUGAAGAGGAGGAAGUAACACCACCAGAGGAAGAGGAGGAGGUAGUACCAGAAGAGGAAGCUGAAUCUGAACCUGAGGAGGAAGAACAGACCCCCGAAGAAGAAGAAGAAUCUGUCCCUGAAGAAGAUGAGCCAGAGCAGGAUGAUGAAGACGAUGAAGAAGAAGAAGAGGAACAGGCUGAGGAAGGUGAAGCUGUCCCAGAAGAAGCUGAUGAGGAAACCGCCGUUGAUGACGAAGAAGGCGAAGCAACUGUAGAAGACAUUACCACUGAAGAAGAUGAGGGCAAAAAGAAGAAAGAUUGUGGAGAUGAUGAAGAAGAAGAGAACGACGACGAUGAAGAGGAAGAAUCAGUUCCUGAAGUGGAUGAGGAGCAAGUGCCGGAAGAAGAGGAGAAUCAAUUAGAAGAGGAAACUCAAGAUGAGGAGCCAACUGUUGAAGAGGAUAAAAGCAAGAAAUCCAAAGCCUGCGGCGAUGAUGACGAAGAAGAGAAGGAUGAUGAGGAAGAAGGAGAACAGGAAGAAGAAACAGCUCCCGUAGAAGAAGAAGAAGAAGAUGAAGUCUCGGAAGUUGAAGACGCAGAAGAUAAGGUCCCUGAAAAUACGGAGGUAGAGGAAGAGCAAAGCCCUGUUGAAGAAAGCCAAAGCAGAAAGAAGAGAGCUGAUGAUGACACAGAAGAAGAGACGGAGGAAGAAACGGAGGAAGAGACAGGGGAAGAGACGGAAGAAGAGACGGAAGAAGAGACGGAAGAAGAGACGGAGGAAGAGACGGAGGAAGAGACGGAAGAAGAGACGGAAGAAGAAACGGAAGAGGUAAAAGAAGAAGCAGAACCAGCUCCAGAAGCAGAGGUAGAAGAAGAGGAAGGAGUUGAAGCAGAGGAGAACAUUGUUGAAGAAGAAGAAACCGUAGAAGCUGCACCUGUUGAAGAAGAAGAAAGCAGAAGUGGAACCGAUUGUGAUUUCGUAGAAGUCGAAGAAGCCACCACCGUCGUCGAUGACGAAGAAGAAGCCACUGAAGAACCAGAGGCAGAUGAAGAAACACCAGAAGACGAAGAAAAUGAAGAUGAGGAAACUGAAGACGACGACUUGAUUCAUACUCCUGACAACACCCUUCCAGAGGUGGAAACUCCGGAAGAUGAUACCGUAGCAGAGGAAUCGGAGCCAAAGCUGAGGUAUUGAAAAAAGCUUCAAUUUGCCAAUAUUUGGCCAGCAUUAGGAUGUAAGAUAAGUACUACUGUCGAAAAAAAUUUUGAUCGGUUGUCAUGAAUCGUUGUAAACAAAACUAGAAGUUUCCACAUAAAGCUUUUGAAUUUCGUCUAACAAAGCAUUUCCAACUACUGAGAAAUUUAUCCUGUUUCUUGAGCAAAUAAUAUCCGCGUGUUACCUCCUA